UUACGACACCAGCGUAGUGAAAGCCGGCAGCGCUGAAUGAAACUGAACACAGGGGUUUCCGUAUAGUUGCAGUGUUCACUGUCUGAUUACUGUCUGCAUUAGACCGGUUGGCUAACGAAGCCAGGACCAUGGCCUCCAUAUCUCUGCACAGCCAAUACUUCCUGCUUAGUGUAAUGUAUUGCACAUUACUUUUUAGCACCGUAUUUUGUGAUGAUGAAGCUGAGGAAGACGAGCACGCGAAACAUACGUAUACGGUGGAAAUGUUCAACCAUGCCAUUCCCACAGCUCCCCACUUCGUUAUGUUCUUUGCUCCCUGGUGUGGGCACUGCAAAAGGCUUCAGGGAACAUGGAACCAGCUGGCAGAUAAAUACAACAACAUGGAGGAACCACCUGCAUACGUUGUUAAGGUCGACUGCACAAAAGACACCAAGUUCUGCUCAGACCAUGGAGUACGAGGCUACCCCACCCUGAAGCUGUUUAGGCCUGAAAUGGAGUCUGAGAAAUACCAGGGAUCAAGGGACUUGGAGUCGUUGGAGUCCUGGAUGCUUAAAACUCUGAAUGAGGACCCUGAGGAGCCUGCAAGCGAACUUGAGCCCCCCAAAGCCCCAGAGCCGAAACAGGGCCUGCACGAGCUCACCGCUACCAACUUCAAGAACCACGUCGCAAAAGGUUACCACUUUGUCAAGUUCUUUGCCCCCUGGUGUGGCCACUGCAAAGCCAUGGCUCCUACAUGGGAGCAGCUGGCCAGCUCAUUCGAGCAUUCGGACAACGUCAAGAUCGGCAAGGUGGACUGCACUCAGCAUUACGAGGUCUGCUCUGACAACCAGGUGCGGGGAUACCCCACUUUGCUGUUCUUCAAGGAUGGAGAGAAGGCAGACCAGUACAGAGGCAAGAGAGACCUGGACUCUCUGAAGGAGUUUGUGGACGGUCACAUUAAGGCUGCUGUGGACACAGCUGACGACGAGGCACAGGCUGAUGAAGUCGUACCACCCAGCGAAGAGCCUGCCCAAGAGGAGUCUCAAGUCCUGGUUCUGAGUGAAAGCAACUUUGAUGAAACAGUGGCCAAAGGUCUUUCCUUCAUCAAGUUUUAUGCCCCAUGGUGUGGUCAUUGUAAGAACCUCGCUCCGGUAUGGGACGAUCUCUCCAAGAAGGAGUUCCCCGGCUUCACCGAUGUGAAGAUAGCCAAAGUGGACUGUACCACGGAGCGGUCGCUCUGCAACCGAUUCUCCGUUCGCGGCUACCCCACGCUGCUGAUGUUCCGGGCGGGGCAGCAGGGCGAGGAGCACAACGGAGGGCGGGAUCUGGAGAGCCUGCACAGCUUCAUCAUGAAGCAGGCCAGAGAUGAGCUGUAAUGCCAAAAACCACUUUCCACAAUCAUCAGUCUCGGGUACCCUAACACGUUAAAGCCGGCCUCUACACGGCAGGCUUUUCCACCUUUUUACAGCAAGCAACGAGCUGCGUCAAACGCGGACUGUUUUUUUUUUUUUUUUUUUUUUUUUAAUUGUUUUCAUUUGGCUGUCCAAGACCUUGUGGGCAGAUAUUGGUCAAAUUUGAAAGAUGUGAACACGUAGUCCCACAUAGCCCACUUUGGUCUGGAGUGGGAAAGUUUUCUGUGGUGAUAUACAUGUAUCCAAAACCUCUUUUCAUGCGGUACUUUUUUAAAACUCUUAUCUAAGAUGUACGAACAGUAUCCCAAAUUGAAGUGACUCAAGGAUGGUCAUCAAUGUGCCUUCCAAUAGUGACUAGUCUAGUAUUUUACAUUUGUCAGGUUACCCAAGUGAACACAGCUAAAAUUCUUCAUAUUGGAUGAUUUACUCAAUGAAAAUAGGAUUUGUGAUAAUUUAACACACCAUAUAUAUUACUGUACUAGAGAUGUCACCUAUAUGUUAAUUGACAUUGAGUGUUAAGUUGACGGUAUUUGCCCGUGUCAGUGAUGGCCUAACUUAACUCUCAGGGAUAUGCUUGCUGGAGGAAUCGAGCUCUUGGUCUUUGGUUGAUUAAUUUCUCACAUUGUCAAAGGGGUUUUUUUUAAAUAUAAUGAUGCACAAGACGGAUAUAUUUUCCCCAUUAUCAUUUGCUGUAAUUCCAACUGCACUUUGAGUGUUCUUGCCUUGGAUAUUUUGGAAAGCGUAGUGAAACUGUACUGAAUGUAAUCUGUUGUGUUUUGAUGGGAAUAUUUCCCUUCAGUGAUACAAAGGCCUGUGAAUCUGUGUACAAAUCAUGCCAACUCAAUUGUGAAAAUUGACUUCCCCUCCAACUCUAAUCAAAGCUCUAUUUUUCAAAUCAUUGUCAAAUUCAUUUGUAAACCUGGAUGUUUUAUCUACUGUAGUUGGUGCACUCAGCAGCCUUAUCUGUGGAAUCCAGCAACCGUAUCAGUAGUGCACCUGUUAUGGUGAACAUGGUUGAUAUACAGAGCUCCAGUUUAUAAAGUGAAGCACAAAAAUUUGACACAUCUGACACAUGUUAUUACCUCAGGCUCGUGGGGCAUGGUCCACUGGAAAUUUGCUGGACAAAGCCAACAAAAAAAAAAAGGAAAAAAAAAUCUUGUUCCUUCUUUCUGUCACACCCAACGCUAGCAAUGUCCAGAGUAAAGAAAGCACUGAUAAUGUAAAAUAAAUUCUCAUCUUACUCUGUAUGCGCUGGCAGCAAAUGACCCCCUCAGUAAAAUCGCCCAGAUAGGGAUGUGUAAACAGCAUUAUCUCAGAGUUCGGUAACCCAACUGUUGACGAUUGUUGUGUUCAGCUCUUCGUUUUCCAGAGCCCUUUAAGCACUUGGCCCAGUCCGUCUGGCUCCAGUUUUCUCCUACGUCCCCUAGUGUCCUUUGUGGUCUCUUGCCUUGACGGUCCAUUACUCUGUACUGUCUACCACCUCUCAGGUUUGUGUCUGCGGCCAUAUACGUUGUGACAGCCCAACACAGAGCAGGCAGUCGACCAAACUGCACGCAUUGACCAGCCUAAACGCUUGUUACUGUUUACCAAACUGCAAAAUACCUGGUUAUACAUAAUGAUAUUGAAGUACUUUAGGUGUUGCCAUGGCAAAAAGAAGAAUAUUCCUAUGCAGAUGUAUGUGGCCGUGUCUUUCCAUGCUUAUAUUUACACUCGGAUCGGUAGGGCAAAUGAACAGACAGGUAAACCACUUUAAUGUCAGUAAAACCUUUAUGGAUAGCACAUGGUGUAGACAGGCUCGAGUGAAGGAAAGUCAUAUUUUCUAUGAGUGGGUUGUCCACUGUCCAUGAAGUUUUUUUUGUUUUUUUUACAAAAGAAUAUGGCAACAAAAAUAAUAGCGAGUUGCUAACAUGGAUUUCUGCAAAGAUUUUGUAAUAAAACUUCUUUUCCAAAAA